CGGGGGCGGGGAGGCCGGCGCUGCGGUCAGCUGAGCGGCGCUGGGCGGGGUCGUGAGGCCGCAAGCCUGCCGGAGGCUCCCCGAGCCCGCGCAGCUACCCCCGGGCGGUCCCCUGGUCAGUGUCUGCAUCCGGGUCCGGAGCCCUCCCCCAGCGGGCACGAUGCGGAGGAAGCAGUGACCCCGAGAGAGGCCGGAGCGCGGGCGCGGGGUCCUGCUGCCAUGUCCCACCAACCGCUUAGCUGCCUGACUGAAAAGGGGGACAGCCCCAGUGAAACCACAGGAAAUGGACCCCCCAACCUGGCUCACCCAAACCUGGACACAUUCACUCCAGAGGAGCUGCUGCAGCAGAUGAAGGAGCUCUUGAUUGAGAACCAUCAGCUCAAAGAAGCCAUGAAGCUAAAUAAUCAGGCGAUGAAAGGGCGAUUUGAAGAGCUUUCAGCCUGGACAGAGAAACAGAAGGAAGAACGCCUUUUUUUUGAGAUACAGAGCAAAGAAGCCAAGGAGCGCCUCAUGGCUUUGAGUCAUGAAAAUGAAAAAUUGAAGGAAGAACUUGAAAAACUAAAAGGGAAAACAGAAAAGUCCCUUGAGUUCCAGGACCCCACUGGGGACCCCAAAGUCCCCAGGGCAGAAGCAGACCAGGAACUGGAACAGCUGAAGACCCAGGUGGCCUAUCUCCAAGCUGAAAAGGCAGAUCUGCUGGGGAUUGUGUCAGAACUCCAGCUCAAGCUGAACUCAGGCGGCCCCUCUGAAGACUCCUUUGUUGAAAUCAGGAUAGCUGAAGGAGAAGCAGAUGUGGCGGUGAGAGAAAUCAGGACGAGUCCUGGGCCCGCAAGAAUUGAUUCCAUUGACACGAACAAAGCUACAGAAAGCUCCAGGAAUUAUUUGGAAUUUGAGAAAUUAACUGUGAGCCAGCUCCUUCUUUGUCUAAGGGAAGAAAGCCAGAAGGCAGAGAAGCUUGAAACUGCACUCAAGGAAGCCAACGAAAGAGUUUCCUGUUUUGAAAAGAAAGCCCGUGAUCAUUCUGAGGUUGAGACCCAGACGGAGGGUAGCACAGAAAAGGAGAAAGAAGAGGAGAAAGGCCCAGAAACUGUUGGAAGUGAAGUGGAGACGUUGAACCUUCAGGUGACAACUCUAUUUAAGGAGCUUCAAGAGGCUCAUACAAAACUCAGUGAGGCUGAGCUGAUGAAGAAGAGACUUCAAGAGAAAUGUCAGGCUCUUGAAAGGAAAAAUUCUGCAGCCCCAUCAGAGCUGAAUGAAAAGCAAGAGCUUGUUUAUAACAACAAAAAGUUGGAGCUACAAGUGGAAAGCAUGCGAUCAGAAAUCAAAAUGGAGCAAGCUAAAACCGAAGAGGAAAAGUCCAAGUUAGCCACUCUCCAGUUGACACAUAACAAGCUUCUUCAAGAAUACAAUAAUUCAUUGAAAACACUCGAGGAACUGAAAAGGAAAGAGUCAGAAAAAGUAGAUAAGGUGGUAGUGCAAGAACUAAGUGAAAAGCUGGAACUGGCAGAGAAGGCCCUGGCUUCCAAGCAGCUUCAGAUGGAUGAGAUGAAGCAGACCAUCGCCAAGCAGGAGGAGGACCUGGAAACCAUGACUGUUCUUCGGGCUCAGAUGGAGGUUUACUGUUCGGACUUUCAUGCUGAAAGAGCAGCAAGAGAGAAGAUACAUGAAGAAAAGGAGCAACUGGCCCUGCAGCUGGCAAUCCUGCUGAAAGAGAAUAAUGCUUUUGAAGAUGGAGGCAGCAGGCAGUCCUUGAUGGAGAUGCAGAGCCGUCAUGGGGCGAGAACCAGUGACCCCGACCAGCAGGCCUGCCUCGUUCAGAGAGGAGCUGAGGACAGAAACUGGCGGCAGCAGCAACAGCGGAAUAUUCCAAUUCAUUCCUGCCCCAAAUGUGGAGAAGUUCUGCCCGACAUAGACACACUCCAGAUCCAUGUUAUGGACUGCAUCAUUUAAGUGUUCACAUCUCACUUCCCCCCAAACUGUUGUCUCUUCGGAGGCCUUGCUGCCAUGUUACCAGGUAAUGACACUUCAUUGGAAUGUCAGCCUCUCUUCUGGACCCUGCCGCUCUCCUGUGUUCUUGAAGUGUGGCUAAAUGGGAGCAAUAGAGAGAUGAGAACUGGGAAGAAAUAGGAAUGAACAAUGAAAAUUUUACAACUAAAUAAGAUUAUUAUAAUAAGUCUUCAAGUGUUGUAUUUUAAAAUGAUUUUGAUCUAGCCUGGCGUGUAAGGAGUUUGAAAGUCAUCACUCCCAUCCUCCUAACGAGGAAAAGGCCGAACAGACUCAAAGUCAUCAACUCUUUUUAAAUCCCUCAGAGAACUGAAGUCACAAAGCAAACCGCUGCCCACAAACUGGAGACAGACAGGUACAGAGAGUCACAGAUUACCAGAUCAGGGUCUCAGGAGUAGAAACCACAGUAGGAGCCAAUACCAGAGUAGGAGAACUUAAACUAUAAUUGAAGAUUUGCCAAAGGCUCAGUGUGGACAAACCUGAGAAUUAAAAACUCGAAUAGGAGCCCAUUCUUAAGAGGACCCCACACUUGUGUGAAUUUUACCUCCAGGAGCCCUAGAAGAACCUCACCGUGAAGAUUUCUAAAAAUUCUCCCAUACUUUUAGCAGGGGGAGGGGAAAGUGGCCAUUUUGAAAUACACUGACACACUCUGUUCUUCCGAGGAAUGCCAUCCCUCAAGGGAAAUUGUUUUACCAGACCCUAAACUGCUGGAUUAUUAUCAGAGCCUGACUGACCAGGGGGAAAGCAAAUACCCAACUCCAGGCCCCGCCCCCCCCCCCCCCCCCACCCAGCUUUACUCCUCUCACCUGAGGAGGAGAAAAAAGUGUGAGAAGGUCACAGCACAGAGGGAGAAGCUCAGUAAAAGACCAAGACCUUAUCAUAGGACUGUGGAACUCUUCUCGCCCACACCUACCUUACCACCACGUCAACAAGGUGCCCAUAUAAUAAUGGGCUUACAAUUGGAAGAAAUGCUCAUCUUUGGGUUUAUUAAGGAAGAGGUAUAUAGGGAAUCCCAAAGACAACAAAGGGAGACAAAACAAGGACACCAGAGGAGAUUUUAGCCUGUGACACCCACAGCUGCAGCAGACAGUAAACAUAGUCCAGCUCGUAGCCAGGUAAACAUAAAGCCUCACACUAUUUACCUCGGUUCCUUUUACCCACUACAUCAUUUCCAUUUUUCAACAAGAAAUUAUACUGCAUAUUAAAAAAAAAAAGCACAGUUUGAAAAGAUAGAGCAAGCAUCAGAUGUGAUGAAUAUAAGACUGGAAAUUUAAAACAACUAUGGUUAGUAUCCUAAGGGCUAUAAUGGGAAAAGUGACAACAUGCAGGAAAUGGGGGGUAAUAUAAGCAGACAGAUGGAAACGCUAAGAAAAAAAUCAAAAGGAAGUACUAGAAAUCAGAGACAGUGUAACAGAAAUGAAGAAUGCCUUUCAUGGGCUCAUGAAAAGACUGAACAUAGCCAAGAAAAGAAUCUGUGUGCUUGAAACAAUGUCAAUAGGAACUCCUAAAACUGAAAUGCAGAGGGAAAAAAGAAUGAAAACAGAAUAUCCAAGAACUGUGGGACAAUUUUUUUUAAUGUAAUAGAUGUGCAAUGAGAAUAUCAGCAUGAAAAGAAAGAGAUUGUGUUAAGUAAUUAUGGCUGAAAAUUUCCAAAAAUUAACGACAGACACCAAACUACAGAUCAGGAAGGUCAGAGAUCACCAAGCAGAUUAAAUAUCAAAAAAUCUUCACCUAGGUAUAUUGUAUUCAAACUGCAGAAAAUCAAGGGCAAAGAGAAAAUCUUGAAAGAAGCCAGAAAGAAAAAAAUCUUACGUGUAGAGGAACAAGGAUGAGAAAUAUAUCAGACCUCUCUUCAGAAAUCAUGCAAGCAGGAAGAAGGGAGUGAAAUAUUUAAAAACCUAUAUGCAGUCUAUAAGAAACCCAUUUUAAAUAUAAAGAGACGGAGAAAGAAACGGCAAGCUAACACUAAUUAAAAGAAAGCUAGAGUAACCAAAUUAAUUUAAAGAAGACUUCAAGGCAAGAAUUGUCAGGGAUAAAAAGGGACAUUACAAAAUGAUGAAAAGGUCAAUUGUUCAAGAAAGAUAACAGUCCUAAAUGCAUGUGCACCUAACAAGAGAGCAUCAACAUGCAUUCGGCAAAAACUGAUAGAAUUGCAGGAAAAAUAGAUGAAUCCACUAAUACAGUUAGAAAAUUUAAAAUCUAUCAGUAAUUAACAGACCCAGGAGUCAAAAAAUUAGUAAGGACAUAGUUGAACUGCGUAACACUAUCAACAAGAUUCAAUUGGUAUCUAUAGAAUACUUCAUAUUCUAAAUAUAGCAGAAUACGCAUUUUUCUCAAGUUCAUGGAGAACAUUCACUAUGAUAGGACACAUUCUGAGCCAUAAAAAACACCUUACCAAAUUUAAAAAAAGAUAAGCCAUACACAAUAUGCUCUCAGACCACAAUGGGAUUAAACUAGAAAUCAAAAACAGAAAGAUACCUGGAAACCCUAAAAAAAACAUUUGGAGAUUUAACACACUUGUAAAUAAUACAUGGGCUAAAGAAGAAUUCUCAAGAGAGAUUUAAAUAAAUUUUAAACUAAAUGAAAUGAAAAUAUAACACAAAGUUUGUGGGCUGAAGUGGAAGCCAUGCUUAGCAAGAAGUGUACAGCAUUGAAUGAAAGAUCUAAAAUUGGUAAUUGAAGCUUCCACUUUAAGAAACUAGAAAAGGAAUGGCAAAUAAAACACAAAAUAAGCAGAAGAAAAUAAUAAAAAUUAGAACACAAAUCAGUGAAAUUCAAACCAGGAAAUCAAUAGAGAAAAUCAAUGAAACUGAAAGCUGGUUCUUUGAAAUGAUCAACAAAAUUGAUAAACCUCUAACUAGGUUAAAGAAAUAGAAGACACAAAUUACCAAUAUCAGUAUACCAGCAAUGAAUGGUUAGAACUUUAAAAACACAAUAACACAUUAGUACCAAAAAAUUAAAUACUUAGGUAUAUAUCUAAUAAAACAUAAGAUCUGAUGAAAGAAAUCAUAGAACUAAAUAUAAAUAAAUGAAGUGAUAUUUUAUGUUCAUAUAUAGGGAGACUCAGUAUUGUCAAGGUUUUGGUUUUUCCCAACUUGAUCUACAGAGUCAAUACAAUCCCGAGAAGUUAUUUUGUGGUUAUUGACAAAGUGAUUCUAACAGUUUAUAUGGAGACACAAAAAACCCAGAAUAGCCAACAUAAUAUUGAAGGAGAAGAAACAAAGUUGGAGGACAGACACUACCUGCCUACAAGACUUACUGUCAAGCUACGGGAAUCAAGAUUGUGGUAUUGGUGAAAGAAUGGACAAGUAGACAAACAAAUCAGUGGAGCAGAACAGAGAGCCCAGAAAUAGACCCAGAGAGUCAACUCGUCUUUGAUAAAGGAGAAAAGGCAAUUCAAUGGAGAAAGGAUAGUAUUUUUAAUAAGUGAUGCUGGAACAAACAAUGGAUAUCCACAUGUAAAAAAAUGAAUCUAGACACAGGCCUUAUACCUUUCACAAAAAUAAAACUCAAGCCACAGAGUGGGAGUAAAUCUUUACAAAACACAUUAUCUAAUGAAGGACUGGUUUCAAAAUAUACAAAGAAUUCUUAAAACUCAGCAACAAGAAAGCAACUCAAUUUAAAAAUGGACAAAAGAUAAUAAAUACCUCACCAAAGAAGAUGUACACUUGGUAAAUAAACACAUUUUAAAAGAUACUCAACAACAUGUUAUUAGGGAACUGCAAAUUUAAACAAUGAGAUAUCACCACACACUUAUUAAAGUGGCUAAAAUCCAAAACACUGACAGCACCAAAGCUGAGGAGGAUGUGAGAUAGCAGAAACGUUCAUUCAUUGCUGGUGGAAAUGCAGAAUGGUAGUUUGGAAGACAGUCCAGUGGUUUCUUGCAAAAUUAAGUGUGCAAUCCUUUGUAUCUAUCCAAAUGAAUUGAAAACUAUGUCCGCACAAAACCUGCACAUGAAUGUUUACAGUAGCUUUAUUCGUAAUUGCCCAAACUUGGAAGCCACCAAGAUGUCCAUCAAUAGGCAAAUGCAUAAGUGGUACAUCCAUACAAUGGAAUAUGAUUCAGCGCUAAAAGGAAAUAAGCUAUCAAACUGCAAAAAGACAUGGAGGAACUUUAAAUGCAUAUUGCUAAGUGAAAGAAGCCCAUCUGAAGAGCCUACAUGCUGUAUGAUUUGAACUGUAUGACACUCUGGAAAAGUCAGUAUAUGGAGACAAGAUCAUUGAUUGCCAGGGGUUAGGUGGAGGGAGGGAUGAAUAGGUGAGAGCGCCGAGGAUUUUUAGGGCAGUGAAACUAUUCUGCAUGAUACUGUGAUGGUGGCUACAUUUGUCAAAAUCCAUUGAAUGUAAAACAUAAGAGUGAAUCCCGGGAUCGAGUCCCACAUCGGGCUCCCUGCUCAGCGGGGAGUCUGCUUCUCCCUCUGACCCUCCUCCCUCUCAUGCUCUCUGUCUCUCAUUCUCUCUCUCGCAAAUAAAUAAAAAAUAAAAUCUUAAAAAAAAAAAAAGAGUGAAUCCUAAUGUAAACUGUGGACUUCGGUUAAAAAUAAUGUAUCAAAAAAAUGUAUCGAUAUUGGCUCAUCCAUUAUAACAAAUGUCCCAUACUAGUGCAAGUUGUUAAUAAUAGAAGAAACUGUGUGUGGAAGGAGAUUUGUGGGAACUUUAUUCUUUACACUCAAUUUUUCUGUAAUCCUAAAACUGUUCUAAAAAAUAAAGUUCGGGGCCCCUGGGUGGCUCAGUUGGUUAAGCAUCUGCCUUUGGCUCAGGUCAUGAUCCCAGGGUCCUAGGACUAAGCCCUGC